AUUUUCCUUUAUAUGAAGCCAAGAUCGAAAGUGAUAAAUUGAAGAAAAUUCGAAGUGUUUGCGACGGAUAUUUAUUAUGAUACAUUAGCAAAUACAGAUUACCUUUUUGGUGUCAGCGGAAGUGAACGCGACAUUGGAGACGAGCGGUGGGCCAAAAAUAUCGACAAAAUGGCAGCCACUAGAAGGUUACAAAAAGAACUAGGUGACUUAAGGAAUUCGGGUUUAAAGUCAUUCCGUGAUAUUCAGGUGGAUGAAACUAACAUUCUCACUUGGCAGGGUCUCAUUGUUCCAGAUAGUCCGCCAUAUAAUAAGGGGGCGUUCAAAAUAGAAAUAAAUUUUCCUGCCGAGUACCCGUUUAAACCUCCGAAAAUCAAUUUCAAAACUAAAAUUUAUCAUCCCAAUAUUGACGAGAAGGGGCAAGUGUGUUUACCGAUUAUUAGCGCAGAAAAUUGGAAACCUGCCACGAAAACAGAUCAGGUUAUUCAAGCAUUAGUUGCUCUCGUGAACGAGCCCGAGCCGGAGCAUCCCUUAAGAGCAGAUUUAGCGGAAGAAUAUUUGAAAGAUAAAAAAAAGUUUACGAAAAACGCUGAGGAAUAUACGAAAAAGCACAGCGAGAAGAGACCGGCAGAUUAGGAUUUUGUAAAUUUUGGGAGAACCUAAAAAUUCUGAUAAAUUCGCCUUAUAGAUGUAUAUUUCUACCUUUUUAGUUGAGCAUUUAUUUUUUUCUCUCUAAAAAAAAAAAUGUUAUUUUGUACCAGAUUUACCGACCUUGUCUCUUGGACAUACGUCUCCAUGUUUUUGUAUAGAACUUUUCCGUUUUUAAGGAUGACACUGUUUUCCUUCAAUUAUUAGUUCACCAUUUGCAAAUUGUUGUACAUUCUAAUUGUUUAAUAAAAUCUAUAUGAAUUUGAA